CUACUAGUUUCGAAGAAGGCGUUUGUCAAGUUAUGAGGAAAUAGAGGGCUUUCUACGGAGUGACAACAAACUCUCCCCAAUCAGGUACUCUUAUUCAGACAUAAAAAAGAUGACCAAAGGUUUUCGAGAGAAACUAGGCGAAGGAGGUUUCGGUUCUGUUUACAAAGGAAAGCUUCGCAGCGGCAAUCAUGUGGCAGUCAAGCUACUGGGGAAGGGCAAAACAAAUGGGCAAGACUUCAUUAAUGAAAUUGCAACUAUCGGUAGGAUCCAUCAUGUCAAUGUUGUUCAACUAGUUGGAUAUUGUGCUGAACGAUCCAAGCGUGUCCUCGUAUUUGAUUUCAUGUCAAAUGGUUCCCUAGAGAAGUACAUCUUCAACAAAGAAAAAGCAUGCUCCUUGAAUUGGGAUGAGAAAUUUAAGAUUGCGAUGGGAGUGGCUCGAGGGAUUGAGUAUUUGCACCGUGGUUGUGAUAUCCAGAUCCUACAUUUUGACAUUAAACCUCACAAUAUACUUCUAGACAAUAACUUCGUUCCAAAAGUGUCUGAUUUUGGGCUAGCAAAGUUAUGCUCUGUAGACAAGGACACAGUGACCUUAACGGCAGCUAGAGGAACCAUAGGGUAUGUUGCUCCUGAACUCAUCAAUAGAAGUAUUGGUGAAGUCUCUUCCAAGGCAGAUGUGUAUAGUUUCGGGAUGCUGUUGAUGGAAAUGGUGGGGUUGAACAAAGAGUUGAAGGGAAACAAUGAUGAUUCUACUAAGUAUUUUCCCAAUUGGAUAUAUGACCACAUUAACCAAGACAGAGAGAUUGAGAUUGAAAAGGCAGAGGAAAACACCGGUAAUGAUGAGAAUGGGAGCAGAAAGAGUCUUGUUAGGAAGAUGACAAUAGUUGCCUUAUGGUGUAUACAGAUGAGUCCAAAUGAUCGUCCAUCAAUGAAUCAAGUGUUGGGAAUGUUAGAAGCUGAUGUUGAACGCUUGCAGGUACCGGCGUAUUCAUCUCAAUCAACGCAUGUGGCAGGAAAGGAGGAAGAAAGCUGGCUUACAGAUUCAACUGAAGUAUCCUUGCUCCAUCAUAACAAUAGUAGCUGUGUUGAGAUUACUGUUUCUUGAAUAGGAAACAGAGUCCCUCUUGUGUGUAUGAAAUAACUAUUUGAAUUAGCCUUUUUUAAUUUUCUCAGCAAUCAGAGUUGAUUUUUAUUUGCAA